AUGGAGCGCAUGGAGGCGUCCCAGAUGCAGAUUGACGAAAACGAACGACUCCGAGGAGCUAUCGAGAGUGGACGUUUUACCUCUCUGCUCGGUCGCAACAUGGGCAACGCUGACCCAUUGCACCUGGACGCACUUGGGAACUUGCCACAGAGGCGACAAGUAGCGUCACCAGCGCAUGCAGCGCACGUCGAGACGCUCGGGCCUUAA